UACAUGCGUAUACAUAAAUCAUUUUACAUCUCUGUUGAGUUGCAGUCAUUAAGAGCUAUCGAGUAAAAGUUAAAAAAACCCAAGAGAUAUAGAAAAUGGAGAACUGUUGUAUUCUUCGAUUGUUCAUUCUUGUGUCCUUGGGAUCUUCAAUGACCUUGGCCUGCGGUAAAUGUGACCCCGAUGUUCCCUGUCCACCUCUACCCUCCAAAAAUUGUGACGUGGUACAAAGACCUUGUCAUUGUUGCAGAGAAUGCGCACGCAGACUAGGGGAUCAUUGUUCUUGGGCUACCGCAAGGUGCGCCUCGGGACUGAUGUGUGUAAAUGAUGACGGUGAGGCUUUGGUCAAAGUUCCAAGGUUUUUGACGUAUUUCAAAGGGACCUGUCAAUUCGUAGUCAUUCAGCCGAUUGUUGUGGAGAAUACUGAUGUCAUUGAGAGAAGGCAACGCAUCUAACACUGUCAUCAUCGAAUAUAGUUCACCAUCAAAUAUUGUCCACUAUGAAAUAUAGUCCACCAUCAAAUGUAAUAAUGAGAAGGUAUAAAUGCAUAUACCUAUCAAAAAUACAAUUGCUAGAUUAGAUGAGCAAAAGCCAUCUGAUUCCAAUUUGGAAAUCGUGACAGUGUUAGCAAUAAUGCAGUUUCUGUGAUUGUUCUGUCUUUAUACAAGAAGUGUAUGUCUAAACUGUAUAUAUCACAUUGAAAUUACGGUUCUAAAUAUCGUAUUUAUAUGCAUGAUUUCUCCAUAAUAGAAUAAGCAUUAUAAGAUUAAUAAUUAUACACAAUGUUAUAAAAAAUAAACAUGCAAAAAUCUU